AACUACCACAGGGCUAAAAUAGAGAGAGAAAGGGUUUUCAUCACCCCAAUCCGCUGCUUUUCCCUUCCCUUUGUGCGACGAUUCAACACGAAAAGAUGACUCUUUGGAAGAGGGCCGCCGGUGCUAUCAAAGACAGGAACAGCAUAGUCGUGGCCAAUCUUUCCAGAAAGAGUUCCUUCAGGAAUCCUGAUCUUGAGGCAGCCAUCAUCAAGGCCACAAGUCACGAUGAAUAUUUCAUUGAUAAAAGGAAUGCCCAAAGAGUCUUUUCGUGGAUUCGGGCGUCGCCAAUUAGCCUUCGUCCUUUUAUUUGGGGUCUGUCUAAACGGAUGGAGAAGACGCAGAGCUGGGUGGUUGCCAUCAAGGGGUUGAUGCUCAUGCAUGGUGUUUUUUGUUGUAAGGUCCCAGCUGUUCAAAAGAUAGGUCGUUUGCCAUUUGAUAUGUCAAGUUUCAGCGACGGACAUUCCAGGUCAAGCAAAACGUGGGGUUUUAAUGCUUUCAUUCGUGCUUACUUUGCGUUUCUAGAUCAAAGAGCUAUCGUUUCGUUUGAGCAAGACAACAAAAGGGACGAGCAACCUUCAUUGAUGCUGCAGCAGCUUUCGAAACUGCAGAAAUGGCAAUCUUUGCUUGAUAUGUUGCUUCAAAUUAGGCCUCUAGCGGAUAAUAUGAAGGUUGGUUUGAUUCUGGAAGCCAUGGAUUGUGUCAUCAUUGAGAUAUUUGAUGUUUAUAGCAAAAUAUGCAGUGAGAUUGCAAGGGUUUUGAUGAAAAUAUAUUCAGUUGGUAAAGUUGAAGCAGUAAUGGCCCUUAAGAUUCUUCAAAAGGCAAUGAUGCAGGGUGAGGAACUUUCUCUAUAUUUCGAAUUUUGCCAGGAAUAUGGUGUUUUAAACGCCAACGAAUUCCCCACAGUUACUCAGAUUCCGGAGGAAGAUGUUCAGGAACUUGAGAGAAUAAUCAACGGGGCAUCAGAGAAGACAUACAAGGACGUGAGUUUCAAGGAAAACAACCAAAUGGCUAUAGUUGUGAGAGAAGAACAUAAUGCAACUGUUGAACAGAAAGAACCAAAGGGAGCUCUGAAGACAAUAAUAACGGACAAAUGGGUGGUUUUUGAUGAAAAUAUUAUAAUGAUCAAUGGAGAGAAUACUGGUUUCUCUAAUCAUAAGAAUACUGCUGCUGCCGCUAGAGAUCUCCCUCUUGUACCCAUUGAUGUGCCUGUUUAUAAUCAUUAUGAAAUUCCGGAUUUAAUUACUUUCUAGCAGUGGGAACAAUUAUUGUGUGUGUCUAGCUCUGCUCUCCAGUUCCUUCAUUCAAUUCCUGACCAUUCAUAUUGGAUUACAUACAUAGAAAAAAAAAAUUGAUUAGAUCAGAGUUAUAGUACAUUCUUAAUAUUUUUCUGAUUUAUAUAUUGAAUUGACAUCAUGAUAUGAACUUCU